UCGAUGCACCUUCCGCACGCAAAUCCCCCGGCCCCCACGAUGGCGGAUGUCUACUCGCACAUCCACGAGUACUACCGGCAGAGCCAUGGCGACCUGGUGCAGACUGGCUCUCCGGCUGUGCUUUGCUCGGCCCUGCCUGGCCACUGGAGGUCCAACAAGUCUUUGCCGGUGGCGUUCAAGGUCGUCGCUCUGGAUGAUGUUCAAGAUGGAACCAUAGUUACAAUCAAAGCUGGGAAUGAUGAGAAUGUGAUGGCAGAAAUGAGGAACUGCACAGCGGUCAUGAAGAACCAAGUUGCCAAGUUUAAUGACCUCAGGUUCGUGGGUCGGAGCGGCCGAGGCAAAUCGUUCAGUUUGACCAUAACCAUCAGUACGUUUCCCAGCCAAGUUGCCUCUUAUACCAAAGCUAUCAAAGUUACCGUCGAUGGACCACGAGAACCUAGGACUAAGCAAAAUUACGGUUAUGGGCACCCAGGAGCUUUUAACCCGUUCCUGUUUAACCCAGGCUGGUUAGACGCGGCGUAUCUGAAUUACGCUUGGGCGGACUACUUUAGGCCACCGCAAUUAAGGGAGCAAGCUGCCCUUGUUAAAGGUGGGGCAGUGCCCAUCACAUCGCCCCCGCUGGGGUUGCCUGGAGCAGAACUAUUCCCGUUUCCACCAGCGAUGGCAAGUUUACCAACCGGAGGAUUAAUUCCGCCACCUGGAGCAUUUUUACCGCCAAAUGGACUCCUGGCUUUCCCACCUCAUCCCGCAGAACUUGCGCUGAAAAGCUUACCGCAAGAAUUAACAUUGAAAAACGGCGUCAGUCCUUAUGAUGCUUUAAGACAUUUCCAAAGUAACGUUUCUUCGAUGGAUACUACGAGUGCUCGUUUAUCUCCUACGAGCAGCAGACAGAGUGGAAGCCCGAGAAGUAUGGUUAACGCUAGUCCAAGAUCAAAGGCUGAUUCGAAAUCCGAGGUCAAUUCGACUCACGAAGCGACUAUAUCCGAUGAGUCGGAUGAAGAACCUAUCGAAGUGGUUAAAUCAGCCUUCCAUCCGACAAGACCUGCAAACGUUGAACUCCAGGAGAUGAAACAAGUGCAAGCAGCGGAUUCCACCGUGUCUGAUAAGCCACGGAUGCGCAAUGAACUAAAAGCGCCAUCACAACGAACCACGCGUGUUCUCUCCACUAGUCCGACAUCGACCAAAAUUACAAAUGGUAGCAUAUCGACGCAUAAAUCUGUGUGGAGACCAUAUUGA